AACGUUAAUGUUAUCUUUAACAAGAAGUUUGUGAAAGAAUCUAAGUUCGGUCAGUAUGUCAGACCAUUAGCUAUUGUCAUUGACCGCAAACGUUAUACUUCACAAGAGUUAGCAGUAGUUUUGAAACAAAAGAGUUUCUUCGUGAAUGUCAAAGAUACUCAUUAUACUAUUAUAAAGAACUCCAACAUUGACUUCUUCAGUAUUGCUAUGAAUCUUUCCGAACAGAAAGAAUAUAAGAAGGGUGAAACAAAUGUGAAAUAUUAUUCUUCAUCUCUGAAAACAAUAACGAACAAAGAUGUUAUACAAAAGUUCUUACCAAAGGUUGAAGAAGCUUCUAUUGACAUUGACGAAGGAAGUGAAAUGGUUGAAGAAAUUGACCCUGACGUCAUUUAA